GCCCCGCGGCGCGUGACCGAUCACCGCCCAGGCCUCCGCGGAGGAGGAGGAGGCGCCCGCGGGCCCGCCCACCGGGCGGACGAAUCCCCGGCUGCCGACGCCCGCGCGGGCCCUUGCCGGGAAAACCAGGUAGAAGGUCAAGAAACUGUCCUGGCAGGGACGGGGCUGCUCUCGGUAUCCCGCCUCUCCCGCGUCACGUGAUCACGCGCGGCGGAAAGAAGGCACUGAGGCCCCGGCGACGCCCUGAACAGGAAUCUUCAAAAUCCAUCCCAGUUCCAUGGUUACAAAAUCCAACAAUGCUGCCAAACCCUGGGAUCUAUCACUUCCCCUGGGAGGUUGCCGCUGGCCAUGUUCCAGAAGGAGGUGCGCUGCGCACAUUUGGCAGGUUGUGCCUGUACGACAUGAUGCAGUCCCGGGUGACCCUCACGGCUCAGCACGGGUCUGAUCAGCACCAGGUUCUUGUGUGUACCAAAUUGGUGGAGCCGUUCCAGCCCCAGGUGGGCUCCUUAUACAUGGUCCUUGGUGACCUCGAGCACCAUGACGAUGGAGGCUCCGUGGUGAAGGCCCGAGUGCUGACCUGUGUGGAGGGGAUGAAUCUAUACACGUUAGAACAAGCCAUCCGGGAGCAGAGGCUGUACCAGCAAGAGCGGGGGAAUCAGCCAAUAGGAAACAGCAGCACCAAGCAUCCCCCCCACCUGCUCCUGAGGCCAAAGCCCCGGAGCUGCUGACCUCCUGCAGAGUGUGGCCACUUCCCUGAGUGACAGCCAUUUGUCUGGAGCCAGAGAGUAGAGGGGGCAGACGAUUAAUACAGCCUCUUCCCCUAAUUUGGGAUUGGGCCAGAAAUGAGAGCCCAGAGAGCUGGUGUCACCACCACACACAGGGAGGCUACAGGCAGCCCAGCUCCAGAACCCCCGGGCUGUGCCUCUGGAGGGGUCACGGAGGGUUCCAGAAGGUGCUGGAGAAUAAAGGCCUGCAGCAGA